AUUUUAUGUCAUUUAUGGCUGUAUUUGUGCCGUUUUCUGUCUAAUAUCAGUAAUUCCACGGUGGCAUGAUAUUCCCUCGUUCUUCCUUUUGUUAAAUUAGGCUAGUUAUUAUCUUCAUUGAAAUUCCUCAAUUAUCGAAAGAAACAGAAUCCGUUUAAAGUCAUAAAAUUCCCAUCAAACUAAAAAAAAAAAAAAAAAAAAAAAAAAAAAAAAAAAUUACACCCAUCAGGCAUACAUUCCUCAAACCCACUUUUUAUCCUCUCCCACCAUCGCAUUGCAGGACUCGCCGGAUCUUGCAAGAGCGCUUUGCAACCGCGGCGGAGGAGGAUGAAGACCAGCGGCGAUUUCCGGGACCACCUCGUCGACCUGACCGACGACGGCUCCAGGCAGAACGACCAGAACGCAGAGAGGCAUCCCCAGAGGAAGAACACACCUGGACGAAUGAGACUGGAAAAAUGGCUACACUCAUCCAUGAAAAUUGAAAUGACAGAUGGACGGACUCUCGUGGGCUCCUUCGUAUGCACAGACCGCAAUAACAACAUCAUCCUUGGGUCUUGUACGGAACACCUUAGACCCGACGAGGAUGGGCGAGAGGAGGAACCCCGCGUGCUAGGCCUUGCUAUGAUUCCCGGAAGACACAUCAUCUCCAUCUGUAUAGACGAGGCUUCUCAGCCCCCCCAGCCACCUAGUAGUAUGUACACCUAGCAUAACAUUCAUUGCUGCGGGAGGCUGGCUGGGUAGGGGCUGAAGUACACAAGCGUAUUUAGGGUCUGGAAGGAAACCAUUGGAGGAAAGAUACGGAGGAUUUAGCAGCGUGCAGUCUGUCAGAGAAGGCUCAGAUGAGGUGCAAUUCGAUAGCAGUUGUCUGUGGCCUUUGGUAAAUGUGAUUCUGUGUUUGAUGAUGAGAGACGCUGAGAAAAUGUCCCCCAGGUUUUGGAUGUUUUACGAGUAUCAUGGUUGGAAAAUUGCAGUUCACAUAUUUUGAUAAUGCCAUUACUGAUGUGCACCAUUGCUUUUCACUGGUAUUACAGGAGAUCUAGUCACUGUUAUAACUUCUCCAAGUUGCACUGACAUAGGAAAAGAAGUUCUUAUUAUUAAUUGAAACUUGUGACUGACUCACCCGAAGAAAAAUAAUCUGAUUGAUAGUUCCCAAGAAAAGGUUUUCCAUGACAGUCAUGUAAUAUUCUUUAUAAUGUGGUUUUGUUAAACUGAUAAGAUUAAGCUGAGGUCAUUUUGAAGGAAUAUAUUCUUACAGAUAUACUACCUGUGACUCCUGUUUUGACACUAUGAUGUAAGAUUUUAUGAUCAAUAAAUCAUUAUAAGAAAAA